ACCCGACUACUGAUAAGAAAUGCUUAUCAAUACUCAUUUCUUUAUACACCUUAAUGAAGUCCUACUAAUAGAACGCACACCUUAUCAAUCGCACAUAUUAUUAUAGUAUACUUAUACCUUAUAACUAGGAAAAUGUUGAAGCCACGGAUAAGUGUGCUAAUAGUGUGGAUUCUAUUCAAAACGAUAUCCUGUGAAGUUUGUUCGGACAACGCCGUGUUCAAAUGCUAUUGCACUCAACUGACAGACCCCAGGACACACCUACCUGUCUCCAUAGCAGACUGUUCCAGCCACAACCUUCAAGAUGUUCCAGACGAUCUAGAAAGCCACGUCAAUCACCUGGACCUCUCCAUGAACAACAUCGAAGUACUCAACUCUGCCGCACAUAAACUGGCAAGCAGGAAUCUACAUGUCCUCAUCCUGAACCUGAACAGGAUCAACACCAUCGAUCCAGAUUUCUUCCAGGACUUGCCCAACCUGCGGGAACUCGAUCUCAGGAACAAUUUGAUACCGGCGUUUGAGAGUGCUAAGGUUUUCCAGGGUUUGAAAGAGCUGCACCGGCUAGACUUGAGCCACAACAACAUAGUGAGUUUGCCGGAAGGCUUGUUCCUGCCUUUGGUGAAGCUGAGGUACCUCGACUUGAGCUACAGCAGCCUGGGUGGGGUCUUGAUGGGGUCCCAAGACGCUUUGGUGCACAAACUUGGAGUUGUAUCCAGCCUGACGCAUCUCUCGCUGGAUGGGCUGAACAUCACCGAGAUACCCAGCUCCUACUUUGACGAUUUCACGGAGUUGGUAUCGCUUUCUCUGGCUGACAAUGCUCUGGCUGUGAUUCCCGUGGUGCCUUACUCCGUGGAAAAGCUGGAUAUGUCUGGCAACAAUCUGACUGUCCUGUCGCCCAGGUACCUCAACUACCACGCGCUGAAGGUGUUGAAGCUGAACAGAAUGCCUAGUCUAACCUACAUCCAACACUACGCUUUCUAUAACUUGUACGCUCUGGAGAAGCUUUCCAUUACGGACUGUCCGAAUUUGAAGGAGUUUAGCGAGUUGGCUGUUGAUGUGCCCUCGAAGAAUACGGUGCACCAUCCGAAGGUGUUGUCUUUGGCUAGGAACGGGUUGCUAAGACUCAACGAGUCCUACAGUUGCAGUUCUCCUGGAGCUUUGCGCCACAGGCAGAUUUUGCAAUUGAAACACGAGGACUUGCCGGAAUGCUUCCCAGAAAUCUACGGCAAAUGGUCUCACAGGGUGUUGAUCGUCGGUCUGACAUGUGGUAUCAUAGUGCUGUGCGGACUUAUUUUCUAUCUAUUGCGUUACCCGAUAAAUUUGAAAACCAGCACUGGGCUAUCACCAUCGUCACCUUACAGUAGGGCUCCCACGAAUGAGGGAAUUUGA